CCGCACGCCGUCACUUGGCUUUUUUGGCUUUUUUGGUCGAAACACAGGUGUCCGUGCGUCCAAAAAUUGUAAGCGCGAGUUCAAGGAGCGCACCGAUCAUGGCUGCGAGCGCUGCGGCAGCGCGGCCAACACCUCGGCUCGAUGGAUUGCCUGUCGAGCUGCUUGCGCGUAUCGCAUUGUAUGCGGGGCGAAGGAAACAAUUUCAUCGAACAAUUUCCUGGGAGAAAGGAGAUCCGGCCGACCUACUCGCUCUGCGGAGCGCCUGCCGCGCGUGCGUGGCCGCGGUGCGUUUGGCCGCCAGGGAUCACGCAGUGGUGGAAUACUUGUCUAUCCGACCUGGCAUGGGGUCGCAUGGCGGGUCGGAUGGGAAAGCCAUCGAGGCCAAGGGACGGGUGUUCGGCAGCGGAUGCCGACAUCUCAGAGUAUUUACGAACCACUGCAACAAUAAUCCGUCAGCUGAUAUCCUAGCCGCGCUUCGGAGCUUCGUAGUAAGCACGCGAGGUCGUCUGCUCAAGCUCUAUGUCACUCCCAUGCCCUACUCAAUUGGUAGAGAUUUUGCCUUGGAACUGUGCCGCGCAUCCCCACAGCUGAAGGAAUUGACUUUGCGCUUUAGUGAGGUCGACACCAUCACGGGUGAGGAUAUUGAUGAAUUCUGCGCAGAAUUAAGCGGCCUGUGUCCCUUGCUUGAACACGUUGAACUCGGCAAUGCCAAUUACAACCCCAUUAUUGGAAUCGGAGAAGCCGAAAGCUACGCCAAGCAUUUUCCCAACACGAAACGUCUUAACUUUGGUGGGGAGCCGGUCCGGUACGCCGCGAUCGAAGAGACGGUGCGGGCGUGCACGCGCGCGGACGAAGUGGAUCUUUCCGAGUGCACUGUACGGCCGGCCUUGAUGGAUGUGCUGUUGCGGACGCCUUUGAGGGGUCGUCUGAAAAAGAUGGACUUUUAUUCUGAGACUGAGAUCUCGCUGCAUACAGUCCUCCAGUGUGCUAGAGGCUUUGAGCUGCUGACGCACUUGAGCCUGCCGGAUGAAUUCGCUGCUGGGCUUGACUUCUAUCGUUCGCUGGUGCAGGCGCGGCCGACGCUCAAAAGCCUCGAACUAGGAUGGAACUGUGAGGUCGACGACGCGUGCCUGCAAGUUCUGUGCGAUAGUUUGUCUCUGGAGCAUCUUUCGCUGACGGCGGAGAACAGUUUGAGCCCGGCGGCAAUCGAUACAAUCUUGCAAAGUCGUAGCGCCCAGACCCUCAGAUCCCUCAUGGUCUAUGAGACUCCAGUACUCACGUCGACGAAUAUGCUGCGUCUCGUCGGCGGCUGUCCCCUCAUCGUAGAGGUAAAUUGGUACCAAAAUGAUGGACUCUCAUCGGCCACGGAGGAGGACGACUUCGACGCCAUCAAUCGGCUUCUCAAGAGCCGAGGCGGGAAGGAAAUGUCCUUCUAUUAGGAUAGUUGUAAGCAUUUGUUUUCAAAG